GGGCAGCCGGUCGACAAGGACGUGGUGCCAUGCUAUGAUCCUAGCACAAUGCAGCUCCUCGGCCACCUACCCGCUAUGUCCGCUGCUGAGGUCAAGGCUCGCAUCGCUCGCGCCCGGGAGGCUUCCAAGGUGUGGCGGCGCUCGAGCUUCUCUCAGCGCCGCAAGCUUCUGCGCAUCCUGCUCAAAUUCAUCGUGGAGAAUACCGAGACCAUUUGCAGGGUAUCUGCCCGCGACUCCGGCAAGCCGCUUCUUGACGCUAUCGUGGGUGAGGUGGUUGUCACCUGCGAGAAGAUCCACUGGCUGUGCAAGGAGGGGGAGAGGUACCUGAGGCCGGAGAGCCGGUCGUCGGGAAUCAUGAGCUUCUACAAGGCCGCCCGCGUGGAGUACAUCCCCCUAGGAGUGGUUGGAGCCAUCGUGCCCUGGAACUACCCCUUCCACAACGUCCUCAACCCGCUCACUGCGGCUCUGUUUGCCGGCAAUGCGCUGGUCAUCAAGGUUUCGGAGCACGCGUCCUGGUCCACCGGCUACUACGGGCGCAUGAUAUCCUCCGCACUGGCCGCCGCCGGCGCCCCCUCCGACCUGGUUCAGAUCGUCACGGGGUACGGGGAGGCGGGAAAUGCGCUGGUUACCGGCGGGGUGGACAAGGUCAUCUUCGUGGGCUCCACGCAGGUUGGCAAGCUGGUCAUGCGUGCGGCUGCUGACACACUGACCCCCGUGGUUCUGGAGCUCGGGGGUAAGGACGCGUUCAUUGUCACUGAGGACGCCGACCUCGACCAGGUGGUGCAGAUCAGCCUCAAGGCCGCCUACCUGAACUGCGGACAGAACUGCGCGGGAGGCGAGCGCUUCUUCGUGCACGACAAAGUGUACGACAAGUUCCUGGAAAGGGUGACCCCCCUCAUUCGCAACCUGCGUCAGGGCAACCCGCUGGGCCCCCAGCCAGUGGACUGCGGAGCCAUGUGCAUGCCGGGUCUUGCUGAGAAGGUGCACGGCCUGGUAGAGGACGCAGUGGCCCGGGGGGCCCUGCUGCUGGCGGGUGGCAAGCUGCGGUCCGCUUCUGAGGCGGGAGGGCAGUUCUACCCGCCCACCCUGUUGGCGGAUGUGCGACCCGGGAUGAAGAUCUGGGAGGAGGAGGUGUUUGGCCCGGUGAUGAGUGUGGUGCGUUGGAGCACCGAUGACGAGGUGGUGGCGCUGGCUAACGACUGCCCCUUUGGCCUGGGCUCGUCCGUGUUCGCGGGCAGCCAGCGCCGUGCUCGCGCCAUUGCCUCCCGGCUGGAGGCGGGCAUGUCCGCCAUCAACGACUUCGGCACCACCUACAUGUGCCAGUCGCUGCCCUUUGGCGGAGUCAAGCACAGCGGCUUUGACCGCUUCGCGGGCAUCGAAGGUCUUCGCGGGCUGUGUGUGCCCAAGUCUGUGUGUGAGGACCGCUUCCCGCUGCUGAUGAAGUCCUCCAUUCCGCCCCCCUGGGAGUUCCCUGUCAAGUCCAACGCCGUUGCCUUCGGCCGCUCCUUGGUCGCCAUGUUCUACGGCCCCGGACUGAUCUACCAGGCGGCUGGGCUGGCGGCGUUGCUGCACUGCCUGGUUUUCCCAGGGGCGCACGGCAAGACGGCGAGGGGGGCGGGCAAGUCCAAGGCAGCAUGAGGGGGCCAGGGCAGCAGCGGCGGAGAGAGAGCGGGUUGCGCUGUGGCGGGAGCGCUGGGUGGGUGGGGGUGUGUGAGGAGAGAGCGGCAGCGAACUGAGCAUGAUGAAUCAGGGGAGGUGUGCUGAAGCGAUGUUGGCAAGGGCGGCGCCGACUUAUGCUGUCCGGAGGGAGCUAGUGAUCAGCAACCCAUGGUGCAUGGUUGGGACGAUGAUGAGAUGCUCGGCGGGGAGAGAGAGAGAGAGCUACGAUUGACACAGAUUUGGAGGAUUAUAAAAACUGGACAUAUGGACAUAUGGGUGCCGCACC